GAUGUAGCUGUUGUGGAGGGGGUGAUGGGACUCCACGACGGCUUGGAUGGUUGCAGCGAUGUGGGCAGUACCGCCGAGGUGGCCAAGUGGCUCCAAGCGCCGGUUCUUUUGGUGGUGGAUGCUUGGUGCCUUUCUCGCAGUGCUGCUGCCAUGGUGUUAGGCUACACCGUCUUUGACCCUGAGGUUGCGGUGAAGGGUGUGGUGUUCAACCGUGUGGCGGGUGAUUCUCAUGCAGAGUGGCUGCAGGAGGCGAUGCGGUCUACCACAGCUGUAUCACACUUGUCCGUUUUGGGCUGUUUGCCAAAGGAUGCAAAUGUUCAUGUCACAGAGCGACAUCUGGGAUUGCACAUGCCGGGUGAGGGUGACGCGCCUCACUUGGAGGCGCUGGGAACGCUUGUGGCCAACAACAUGGACAUUGACACUCUCCUCUGCAUGGCGAAGGAGAGCCCGCCCGAGACGUUUGCGCCAUUGCAUCCAGAAAGGUGUCUGCAGCCCAGCCGAGAACACCCCCCAGUGCGCAUUGGAAUUGCAAAAGACGAGGCCUUCUGCUUCUACUACGAGGACAACCUUCGGCUGCUGGAAGCAGCUGGCGCAGAGCUGGUGCCGUUCUCUCCGCUCACCGACCCCAAGUUGCCGGAGGACCUGCAAGCGCUCUACUUCGGAGGUGGAUAUCCAGAGCUGCACGGUGCAACGCUGGAAGGCAACACAAGCUUCCGCGCGUCUGUGCAUGACUUCUGUAAGAAAGGCGGUCUUUGCUGGGCAGAGUGUGGGGGUCUGAUGUACCUUGCGCAGACCAUGACCGUGCGUGGCAAAGACCUCCCAGAUGCCGCCGGGCGGCAACAAUUUCAGAUGGCUGGCGUGUUGCCUUUUGACGUCUCCAUGACCAACCGCAUGGUGAUGGGCUACUGCACUUCACGGCCUGCCCCUGCAGUCGCUGAGCUGCUGCGACUAUCAAAGCAAGUGGAGUUCCGAUGCCAGCAGUAUCACUUCUCAGAGGUGACCUUGAACGGGGAGCCCGCCGAGCUGGUGGAUUCGGAUGGUCGAAGCAUGGGAUUGCGCGGAGUGGGUUUAGCAGCUUAUCAAACUCGCAUGGAGCGCCCGGGUGCGGAGUUUGUUCCAGAGGGCAUCUUCUGCCACUCCACAGUGGCUUCCUAUUGCCACGUCCACUUCCGCGCCUCCCCAGGCUUGGCAGAGGCGUUGGUGGCCGCAGCGCGGCGCUGCCUCACCGUGGUGUCUCUCCUGCCGAGUGGCACGGAAGCCUUGUGUUCCAUCCCAGGGGCUGCUGAGCGCCUUGUAGCUGUCAGCGCACACUGUGACUUUCCCUCAGAGGUUCUCCAGCUGCGCAAGGCCACGCGCAGCCUUGUCCAAGUUGACGGCCGGAACUCUGUAGACGUGGAGGAGCAGGUUCAAAGGCUACUGGCAGCCGGCAUCACCGACUUUCAUCCUAUUGAUGUGGACUGGUUGCGCUCU